UAGUCAGCUAUGACUGUAUCUCUGGGAGUGUCUCCCUUAGGCUCAAUUUUAGUGCAUUUACCUCGGCAAUUAGUUGUUACUUCCACUGAAAUUUUGCGAGCACGUUCUGUUUCAAAAUUGGGCUUCCAUUCUUUGCAGUUAAGGAGAACUUCGUCCCCGAGAAGGAUCGUCAUUCGAGCUGCCAGAAUGGAGUCCACAAGGGUCACCUUGGGUUUUAGAGCCCCGGACUUUCAGCUUCCAGAGCCUCUCACCGGGAAAAUAUGGAAAUUAGAAGAUUUUGAAGGAUACCCAGCCCUUCUGGUUAUGUUUAUAUGCAAUCACUGUCCGUUUGUCAAACACCUGAAAAAAGAUAUAGCAAAGCUUACAAAUUUCUACAUGCAGAAAGGACUUGCUGUCAUUGCUAUUUCUUCAAAUUCGGUGACCACACAUCCCCAGGAUGGACCAGAAUUUAUGGCCGAAGAAGCUAGGCUGUUCAACUAUCCUUUCCCAUAUCUCUAUGAUGAGUCCCAAGAUGUUGCAAGAGAUUUUGGAGCAGUCUGUACUCCGGAAUUUUACCUAUUUAAAAAGGAUGGGCGGAGGCCGUUUGAGCUAGUUUAUCAUGGGCAGUUUGAUGAUUCACGGCCCAAUAGCAAUGUGCCUGUCACUGGAAGGGAUCUGAGUUUGGCGAUAGAUCGAGUUCUUAGUGGCCAGCCAGUACCAUCAGACCAAAAGCCCAGUAUUGGAUGCAGCAUAAAGUGGAACCCAGGGAAGAAGCUGGAAUAAUGGGAACUGCCAAAAUCUCUCUCAACAUAUUCAUUGUUCCUGUUUCAUUCCAUCACCCCGAGUUUCUAGAAAGUACUGUUUAAAAGGCAAUAACGGUGUGCUGGCUGAUUCUCCUGUUUGAUGUAUGUAGUAUUGUGACUUAUUUAACACGAAAUUACAUAAUACGUUGAGGCUUGAGACAGUUGUUUUUACCCCCCGCUUAUCAGUAGGCAUGUGUUGCAACCAGUAGUUCUAUUUUGUAAUUCUUCUGGAAAUUUUCCUGUUAGUUUUUGUAAUAUGAAAAAAGUUGACGUACUUGCAUAUAUGCUUUGCAAUAUCACGGAGCGCGUUUGGGACAGCUUUAAAUUGAA